AUGUUUAGGAUGCUACAAACACCACAGCUCCGUCAAGGCGUGAUUGCGCUUUUCAUGUGGUUCACUCACUUUAUGAACGACUACAAAGUUCAGGCGGGUAACUGCUGGUUGCAGCAAGGAAAGAACGGCCGGUGCCAGGUGCUCUACAUGUCCGGGAUGACCCGGGAGGACUGCUGCCGGAGUGGCCGUCUGGGCACCGCAUGGACCGAGGAAGAUGUGCCCAACAGCACGCUGUUCCGAUGGAUGAUCUUCAAUGGAGGCGCGCCUAAUUGCAUACCUUGUAAAGAAACAUGCGAUAGCGUUGACUGCGGUCCUGGGAAGAGAUGCAAGAUGAACAAGAGGAACAAGCCCAGGUGUGUGUGUGCUCCGGACUGCUCCAACGUCACAAGGAGGGGGUCCAUCUGUGGGUCGGAUGGAAAAUCCUACAAGGAUGAGUGUACAAUGCUCAGGGCCCGCUGCAGGAACCAUCCUGACCUGGAGGUCCAAUACCACGGGCGAUGCCGCAAGACGUGUCAUGGAGUUCGCUGCCCUGGCUCCGCGUCAUGUGUCGUGGACCAGACCAACAAUGCCUACUGUGUGACCUGUAAUCACCAGUGUCCAGAGGUGAAGUCACCUGACCAGUACCUGUGUGGCAACGACGGCGUUGUUUAUGCCAGCGCCUGUCAUCUGAGGAGAGCCACGUGCAUCCUGGGAAGGUCCAUCGGCGUGGCGUACGAAGGGAAAUGCAUCGACGCCCGGUCAUGUGGCGACAUCAUGUGUCGGGGAGCGAAAAGGUGUCUGUGGGAUGAAGCGAGUGGCCGCGGACGCUGCUCUGUGUGUGACGAGCCAUGUCCGGAGAGUCACCCGGGUGAGAGUGUGUGCUCCAGCGACAACAACACCUAUCCCAGCGAGUGUUCCAUGAGGCAGGCUGCAUGCGCUCAGCAGCAUCACCUGGAGGUCAAACACUCAGGAUCCUGCAACUGUUUAAACCAGGUUUAA